GUAAUCGUCUUUGCAAAGGUAGCUUGACACUCCAUACAUACUUAGUUAAGCUAGUUCUUGGACAAUUAAGCAUAUUACAUAAAUAGAGCAAGACUCGACCGAACGUGCCGCAAGUGCCGUUUACAAAGCUUCCAAAACUGUUCGCAGUAACCACAACCUAAACUUAAGAAGAGUACAUUGAAGCUUAGAAGUCGCCCAGGACGCUGAAUGCCGACUUGUUGAGCAUAUUUUGCGGAGUCCCAGCAGCUCAGCAAGGAUGGCGGAGGACGCUGGCCCUUCAAAGCCCAGCGAGGAGCUGGAGAACCGCGCUUAUGAGGCCCUUGAGCGGGACUUCCAGGAGGUGCUUCAAGAGCUGGUGGGCGACAAGAGCCUGGAGCGCUUUCGGAUAGAGUACGAGAAAUUACAUCGGGCGCUGAAGAAGUCUCAUGAGAGCGAGAAGCGGCUCAUUAAGAAAUGCCGGGAGCUGAACGCGGAGAUCGUGGCGAAUGCCGCCAAGGUGCAGACUGCGUUGAAGCUGAACGAGGAGGACCAGCAGACCAUUGGAGCGCUGAAGAAGGAGAUCGAGAAGGCCUGGAAGAUGGUGGACGCCAGCCAUGAGAAGGAGGCGAAGGCGAAGGAGACCAUCCAGCAGCUAAAGAUCGAAAUCGCCAACCUCACGCGCCUAGUGGAGCAGGGCGCGGGCCUGGCGAUCGGCGAGGAGACCACGCUGAACGAGCUGCUGAAGCAGAAGGAGGAGCUGGUGCGGGAGCGCGAUGCGCAGGUGGACCAGAUCAUGCAGCUGCGGUCAGACCUGAUGGAGAUGCAGGAGAAGCAGCGCACGGCGGAGGCGGACAAGCUGCAGCUCGAUAUGGACAUCCAGCAGCUGAAGGACUCGGUGGCGGAGAAGAAGGCGGAGGCGGAGCGCGAGAUCCGCAAGAAGGAGCGCAUGGAGAAGGAGAUGAAGGAGCUGCGGCAGCAGCUGGAGAUCCGCAGCAGCGAGAUCAAGACGAAGCAGCUGCAGAUGACGUCGACGGAGGAGCAGGUGGCGAAGCUGGAGCAGAUGGUGCGGGACUCCAAGGCGGCGACGGAGAAGGUGCAGAAGGAGUACAACAUGCUAAACGAGAAGAUGCAGAAGCUGCACCACGACCUGGAGGAGCAGAUCCACACCAACACGCAGCUGCUAGCGGAGAACUCAGCCAAGCAGGUGGAGCUGAAGGUUAAGGAUGAGGAGAUAGCCGCCAUCAAGCAGGAGGCCUCCCGCGUCAACAAGCUGCGCGAGCAAACGGUAAAGAAGACCAAGCAGCUGGAGGAGCAGCGCACGGAGGUGGAGAAGGAGCGCGACGUUCUGAAAUCGGAGCUAGCGGCGCUGGAGCGGGAUGUGGAGGCGAAGCAGAAGGAAGUGGAGCUGGAGAAGAAGAAGCUGGAGGAGCUGAUGAGGGAGCGCGAUGUGCUCACUAAGAUGCGCACGCAGGCGGAGAACGCGACGCAGAAGCAGACCGACAUGAUCAAAAUCAACGAGAACACCAAGCGGAACCUGGAGCAGGAGAUCCAGGGCUACAAGACGGAGGCGCAGAAGCAGUCCAAGCUCAUCUACCAACUGGAGAAGGAGCGGGAAAAGUACAGCAUUGAGGCCAGCGACGCUUCGGCCAAGUACAUGCAGGCGCUGGAGGAGGUGAAGCUGCGUGAGAUGGCGAUUAUUGACCUCCAGAAGCGCAUUGCCGAGGGCGAGUCCAAGCUCAAACAGCAACAGAACCUGUACGAGGCCGUGCGCGCGGACCGCAACCUGUACAGCAAGAACCUGAUUGAGGCGCAGGACGAGAUUCAGGAAAUGAAGCGCAAGUUCAAGAUCAUGCAGCACCAGAUCGAGCAGCUGAAGGAGGAGAUCACCGGCAAGGACCUGUACCUGCUGAAGGAGCACUUCGACCACCAAAAGGUGAUCAAGGAGAAGGACCUGCUGCGUGCGGAGCUGGACAAGUCGAAGGCACAAAUCAAGGAGGCGGAUGCGGCAAUUUCGUCGCAGAAGGCGGAGAUUGACAAGCUCAACCACAUCAUCAACGAGGCUGACCAGGAGCGCAUUCGCCAGAAGAAGGAGUACGACAUUGUGGUCAACGAGCGCGAUAUCCUGGGGACACAGCUGGUGCGCCGCAAUGAUGAGCUGGCGCUGUUGUACGAGAAAAUUAAGAUCCAGCAGUCGACACUGGCGAAGGGCCAGAUCCAGUACCGCGACCGUCUCAACGAGAUCCGCGUGCUGAAGGUGAAGCUGGCGGACCUGAAGCGCGAGCUACACAUCCUGAAGUCCAGCGUGUCCAACAUCGACGUGCUGAAGCGGGAGGUGCACCAGCUGGGCCGCGAGCUGCUGCAGGAGCGCACCAAGGUGAAGGCGCUGAGCGAGGAGCUGGAGAACCCGCUCAACGUGCACCGGUGGCGCAAGCUGGAGGGCUCGGACCCGGGCACGUACGAAAUGAUCCAGAAGAUUCAGACGCUGCAGAAGCGGCUAAUCUCCAAGACCGAGGAGGUGGUGGAGAAGGACCUGCUCAUCCAGGAGAAGGAGAAGCUGUACAUGGAGCUGAAGAACAUCCUGGCGCGGCAACCCGGGCCGGAGGUGGCGGAGCAGCUCAGCAUCUACCAGGCCAACCUGCGCGAGAAGACGAAGCAGAUGAAGGCCAUGGCCUCGGAGCUCAACAUGUACCAGGCGCAGGUGAACGAGUACAAGUACGAGAUCGAGCGCCUGGUGCGAGAGCUCAAUGAGAUGAAGCGGAAAUACUUCGAGGGCAAGCGGCGAGAGCAGAUGGAGCGGGAACGUACCAUGAAGCCGCCCGCGCCCGCACCACCCAACGCCAGCCAGCCACGGUUCACGGGUGGCGGCUUCUCGUUGGCGCAAUGAGAGGCCGCUGGGACUGCAGGCGUGCAGCGCUGCGUGUGCCAACUGUCGUGUCGUGUGAACUGUGUGUAGAGUGCAUGCUGUGUGCCGGUAUUGCGGUGUGCGCUGGUGCGGUGUGCGCUGGUGCGCAGUGUCGUGAUCUGUGCGGCGCGUGGUUGACAAAGACCUAGUCAAUGAAAUGGGCAGGUUGCAGGUGUAUCUAGCGAUCGUUGCCAAAAUAGGCCGCUCUGCGGCACAUGUGGGGCCGGCCGAAACAUGGUGCACAGCUUGAGCUGGGGCAUGCUACUUCAACAGCAGGGUUGCCCCACGGUAUGGUCGGCAAGCCGACGUGCUGUGGGGCAUGGACCAUGUGAUUUACAGACAUUACCGCAUGCGCUGGUGUAGGGAUGUUGGACUUGGAGGUGAGUUCUGAUUUUGUGUAUACCGGUACCUACGCGCUGUGAGCAUGAGCAUGAGCAUUUACAUGGGUUCGAGUCCAUGUGGCCCCACUAACUCCUUUGAGUCCGGGGGCGCGUUAGGUAAACAGGCAAAUGGCCUAGAUCAAUAGCGUCCGUGCCCGUAGCGUCGUAACUGCGUACAAGUGGGCAGCCAACUUUUGCGUGUCCGUGUCAAGCAUAAUCUUUUUCAUAUCGCUACCUGUAAUACCAGAAGCCA